AAGUAUUUCUCCUUCUUUAUUUCUUUCUAUUUCCUCUCUUUUUAAUUUAUUCAUCAAUGGCAUCUACUAAAGUUAAGAUUCCCACCAUAGAUUUUUGCAAUCUUGAGCUAAAACCAAACACUCCACAAUGGGAAUCAACAAAAGUUCAAGUUUUUGAAGCCUUACAAGAAUUUGGUUGUUUUGAAGCAAUAUAUGACAAAGUUCCAAAUGAAAUUAGAGAGGGCAUGUUUGAUAAUUUAAAAGAAGUAUUUGAUUUUCCAUUGUCCAAAUUGAUAGAAUAUAGAGAAAAACCCUUUCAUAUAUAUGAUGGGAAAAUUCCAAGUAUACCACUCUAUGGUAGUGUGAGCUCUGCUGAUUUGGUCCUCCCAAAUAGUGUUGAAACAUUUGCCAAUACCUUUUGGUCUGAUGGAAACCCUAACUUUAGCAAUGUGGCAAAGUCCUACUUCAAGCAACUUAUGGAAUUGUAUGAAAUGGUGACAAAAAUGGUUUUGGAGAGUCUUGGGCUAAAAAAUUACAUUGAUGAAAUCUUGAGUUCCAAUUUUUUUGUGUCAAGAUUUACUAAUUACAAGGUAAUUAAAGGUGAAGGUGAGAACAAAUCAAAAUUACCUCCCCACACAGAUAGUGGCUACUUGACUAUAAUUAAACAAAAUCAAAAUGGAUUGCAAGUUCUCUACAAAAAUGGAGAGUGGAUAGAGCUCAAUAAUACAUCACCAAAUUCCUAUAUCGUUUUAUCAGCAAAUGAUUUCAUGGCAUGGACAAAUAAUAGUUUGACAUCUGCUGAACACAGAGUAGUACCAACAAGAGACAAAGAUAGAUUAUCUAUUCAAUUAUUUUCCAUACCACAUCCAGAUUAUACUGUGAAGGACCCCAAAAGAAUUAGUGGAUGA